AUGGUCUCGCUCCAUUUCUUUCUUCUAUCUAUCUAUCUAUCUAUCUAUCUAUCUAUCUAUCUAUCUAUCUAUCUAUCUCGAUUUGUCCUUAUCUAUCUAUCUAUCUAUCUGAGACCUUUCCUAUCUAUCUAUCUAUCUAUCUAUCUAUCUAUCUAUCUAUCUAUCUAUCUAUCUAUCUAUCUCGAUUUGUCCCUAUCUAUCUAUCUAUCUAUCUCAUUUUCUUUCUUUCUUUCUUUCUUUCUUUCUUUCUUUCUUUAUAUCUAUCUAUCUCGAUCUGUUUCUAUCUAUCUAUCUAUCUAUCUAUCUAUCUAUCUAUCUAUCUAUCUAUCUAUCUCGAUUUGUCCCCAUUCAUCUAUCUAUCUAUCUUAUUCCAUUUUCUUUCUUUUCUUUCUUCUUUCUUUCUUUCUUUCUUUUUUAUCUAUCUAUCUCGAUCUGUUCCUAUUCAUCCAUCUAUCUAUCUAUCUAUCUAUCUAUCUAUCUAUCUAUCUCAUUUUCUUUCUUUCUUUCUUUCUUUCUUUUAUCUUUCUUUCUUUCUUUAUAUCUAUCUGUCCAUCUCGAUCUGUUCCUAUCUAUCUAUCUAUCUAUCUAUCUAUCUAUCUAUCUAUCUAUCUAUCUAUCUAUCUAUCUAUCUCAAGAUGUUCUUAUCUAUCUAUCUUCUCGAUUUGUCCUGAUAUCUAUCUAUCUAUCUAUCUAUCUAUCUAUCUAUUGCUUACUCAUUGUCAUUCUUCUUCGUAUCAAUCGGUAAACUCAUUAGACCGCCAUACCUGCUCAGGUUUUUCUUGCCACGUCUGCCCUUACUUUGUCUAUUCUCCGCAAACUAAACUAACCCUUUAUCCAUCGAAGAGCCCCCCCGUCCAUUUUUAUACCUUCCUCUUGUCAUCAUCCCCACCGUAUUUCGUUGAAACAUGCAUUUGA